AUGAAUCGAGUUCGACUUGUUUUGUCGUGGAUAUCCGUAGAACAGCGGCACCAAAUUGUAUUCGAUCCGCAGAAAAAGGACAACUUUGGCCGAUUUGCGGGUUUUCCGUUUCGCGUCGCACUGCUGCAUCUGGUUUCGGUUGGAUCCAAUUACAAGAGCGGCAGCACGGCUCUGGUCUGGCCAUGGUCGACGGCUCCCCCUGCUGAUCCGAUCCACGCACUGAUUCACACACACGCACACCCACUGCGGCUGCUGCCGUGGAUGUAG